ACUAAGAACUGCUUUACUAACUCAUGAUCGAAUCUCAUGUGUGAAUAUGAUAGCCAUAUAAUCUUUUCCUCAUGAUCCGUUAUUGUUUUCUUAAGAGGUUGGGUUGAACAUACAAUCGGGAAGAAUACUCGAGGCUUCUGAAAGGUAGCGUUCAUUGUACAAAAUAUCACGAUGAUACAAUUCUUGGUGAUGUAUGGCAUGAUUGUGUCGACCCACUGCCAGUUGACAACGACAUUGACAAAUUCGUCAUAUAAGCAAGCCGUUUGCCUUAACGUGUUCUCGGAGAUGCAGGAGAACAUACAUAGAAAGAAUCAAGAAAUUGAUAAAUUGAAAGAAACUACAGAAGAAACGCAGCAAGCAAUGUCAGAGCUUGUGGCUGACAUCACAAACCUAACAACACAGAAUACCCGUUUGCAUGAUGAUGUUCAAGAGAUGCGUGCGUGGAGAAGAACUGGAAGAAAAGGUGAUACCGACUCUCCUGGUAUGAAAGGUAGCAAAGGUAGUCCAGGCUCUCCUGGAAUCAAUGGUAUCCCGGGCUCUCCUGGAUUAAAAGGUAGCCCUGGCUCUCCUGGUAUGAAAGGUAAUGCAGGCUUCCCGGGAUUACAAGGUAUCCCCGGCUCUCCUGGGAUGAAAGGCAAUCCUGGCUCUCAAGGAAUCAAAGGUAGCACCGGCUCUCCAGGUAUAAACGCCAGGUGUAGAAAGGAAACGCGAUGUCCCGUAGACUUCACGCAGAAUCAACGAUCCUGUUACUUGUUUGUACAUUCCUCUGGAGCAGCAACAACAUGGUUUCAAGCAAAUUCAUUUUGCUUCUCCCACAGCGCUCAUCUAGUAGCUAUAGAAUCAUCUUCUGAGCAUCAGUAUAUUGUAAACAGAAUCAGAGGUUAUGGUGCAAAGAACUAUUGGACGGGUGGAAAUAACCUUGCUGGGGGCUAUAUGUGGAGUGGAGGGCCAUGUUUCACAGCCAAGCCUGUCGUGUAUACUAAGUGGGUAAGGGGUGAACCUUCAGGAGGACACGAGAAGUGCAUUCAUCUUUGGAAUCAUAGAUCUCUGGAUUGGAAUGACGCCCCAUGUACAGACAAUAUGAAUUUUAUUUGUGAAAUCAAUUUGUAAUGUCAAGACUUAUUUAAAUAGUCUAGUUGUAAGACAUCAAUAGUAGCAACAGACCAUCAAGAGACCAAAUGAUGCUCCAGGGAAAUUUAGAAGUUAUACCCCCUCCAUAAGUUUGGCAACUUUAGCUCCCACAUUGAACUUCGUGUUAAAGCCUCUUUACCUACCUGAAAUGAAAAUACUUAUUAUAAUGAUGGAAACGUAAUUUUAAUUUAUUUCAAAUACCUCCAAAUUUUCUCAAUUUUUUUCCUCAAUUACAAUUAUAGGUCGAAAAUUGAGGAUAUAGUUG